AUGGCCUACGAUAUGAGGGAUGGUGAUGCUGGAGUUGGAAAGGACCCAUAUGGCGGCUUCGAUUGUUACCAUUUUCACUAUCACUGUCAGGAAGAAGAUUUUGACCAUGUGUCGGUUGAGGCUCCAGUUAUAUCCAUGGAAUCUGUCGAGGUAGAUGCCAGUUUGAACUGUCAAAACUUUUAUACACCAGGUGAUGAACUCACAAUCGACGAAGAAGUUGGAACACUUUCCGCGGGAGGAUGCUCUUUUAUUCAAUUCAUCCCCAACAAGCCCGCAAAAAAAGGUAAAAAUGCUGUCCAAACGAGAAAAAAUUUGACGGAUGUGUAUAGAGAAGGCGUGUUAACAGUACGCCAGUGCCAGAACUGGUUUGCAAAGUUUCGAUCCGGCAAUUUUGAUGUCGAAGAUGCACCACGGUCUGGAAGGCCGGUCGAAGCUGACAAAGAUGCGAUAAAGGCAUUAGUUGAUGCAAAUCGGCGAAUAACUGCACGAGAGAUCGGUGAGAGGUUAAAUUUGUCGAAUUCGACUGUUUAUGGCCACUUGAAAGGCCUGGGUUUAACCUCGAAGCUCGAUGUGUGGGUGCCCCAUGUUCUUACGAAGCGAAAUUUGUGUCGUCCCGUUGACGUGUGUGAUUCACUCCUCAAACGUCAGGAAAAUGAUCCAUUUUUGAAGCGGAUUAUUACUGGGGACGAAAAAUGGGUCGUAUACAACAAUGUGAAACGCAAGAGGUCAUGGAGCAGAAAAGAUGAACCGGCUCAAAGCGUUUCAAAAGCCAACAUUCACCAAAAAAAGCUUUUACUGGACAAUACAACUAUUAAUUCGGAAGUCUAUUGUCAUCAGCUGGACAAAUUGAAUGAUGCACUUAAACAGAAGAGGCCAGAAUUAACCAACAGGAAGGGUGUAGUGUUCCACCAGGAUAAUGCGAGACCUCAUACAAGUUUGGGCACUCGCCACAAAGCUUUUACAGCUUGA